AUGGCCGCUUCAAUCUGGUCCUUCCUUGGCUGGAAAAAAGAGCGGCCGGCAAGUCCUCCACCUGUCACCAUCACUGGUGUCAGAAUACCAGCCGACGGCGCUCCGGCCCAUCUCCUUUCACUUAGCACGAUAAGCGACUCCAGUGGCAUGGACAGCUUCCUGUUCCACGUUCCUGACCUACGCCACUAUUGGAAUACGGAACGAGUCUGGGAAUAUCGCGACCUUCAAAAGUUUCAUCUCUUGCAACAGCACCGUUCGUCUUGCACGGGAGCCUAUUACGUUUUUUUCUCCUUCGCCGUUGAUGAUCUACCGGAAAAUUUGUCUGUUCCCGCCUGGAUCAGGGGUAGUUCUGUGAACGAUAUUGGUAUCCGCGACCAUUUUUGGGGUGAUGUCUUCUUAGUUAAAAUGGCUCCGCAUGAGUAUGGAGAACAUGGUUGGGCUGUCUAUGAAGAUGUAGUUCCAGAGUUUCUAGAUUUACUAGCUGAGGGGCCAGUCGACGGGUAG